CGCCAUUUUGAUUGCUGUUGUUAUUAGAUAACUUUGAAAAAUAAUUAUUCUUUUGUGUUUCUUUCGUUUAAUUUAAUUACAAUUUGAGUUUUUUUCUUUAAUAUUGCAUUGAUAAUUUAACAUUAACGUUUGUGUACGUUCGUUUGAUACUCGGCGAAGCUUGUGAUCAUUUCUUUUACUUAAACGUAUCAGGCUAUCAGGUUUACUGGAUUUACGAUUGAUAACAAUAAGUGGUUAAAUUUGUUUCAGUUCUGGUGUAUUUAAUCAACCGUCACUGAUAAUUCGAAUGUUAUUCUUUUAUUAAUUUUAUUCUUGAUAUUCUUUCGGUCUUCAAUGUAGUUGUGCAGUGGAUAUAAAAAUAGUAAAGACCCUGUCGUACGUAGGUAAACAUGAGUAUAAUAAUUCGACUUCAGAAUCUGCCUUGGAAUGCGAAUGCUGCUGAUAUUCGACAGUUUUUCCAAAAUCUCACGAUACCCGAUGGCGGUGUGCACAUAGUUGGCGGUGAAAAUGGAGACGCAUUUAUAGCAUUCGGAUCGGACGAAGAUGCUCGGCAAGCUAUGUUGAUGGACGGAGGCAACAUCAAAGAAGCCAAAGUAAAGUUGCUGCUUAGUUCGCGGACAGAGAUGCAAAAAGUAAUCGAAUUAGCCCGACAGCAAGCGCUGACGCUGCAAAAUUUAAUGCAGUCGAUGGCGGCAGCCACCUCAUUCGGCGCAUCUCCUCUAUCCAUGCUACCGAACGUAUUAUCCGGAAUGUCGUCGGUUUUGCCUAAUUUGUCGUCUUUGCAGCCGGUCAUAGCGGCUUCUGUGAACGCCUCUUCAUCGGUUACGAUACCCGCUCCGCCGACCAGCGCGGAUUUGAAAGAUAUUAAAUCGAGCUCGCAAACCGAAUCGUCGAAAACCAGCAGCGCAGCCUCGACGACGAAAAACAGCGGUAAAUCAUCGUCUACGACGAAAACGGACGGCGGUAAAACGCGAUCGCGAAGUAUUUCCAGAUCGAGAUCUAAAUCGGUUAGUAAGAGCAGAUCGCAUUCGCGUAGUCGAUCUAGAUCACGAUCUCGAGAUAGACGAUAUCGUGACAGGUAUCGAUACGGUGGAAGCGGCGGCGGCAAAUCCAGGGAUUCUAGAAGACGUCGCGAUCGAAGUCGCAGUAAAGAGCGAAGUCGUAGCCGAGAUCGGUAUAAAAAACGCAGCAGAAGUAGAGAGAGAAGAAAUCGCGAUAUAGAAAAUAUCUACAAAUCUCGAGGAGACAAUAAACGAAGAACGCACGAUAAAAAAGAUAGGUCGCCGAUGCACGACGAUAAAGACAGAAACGGUCAUAGGAAAAAUUCCGAUGGCAAAAGUAAACCGGCCAGCGUUAGCGAAUUGAAACCACCGUCAUCGCAACAACAACAACACCAACAACAACACCAACAACAACAUCAACAACCAAAAAAUGAGUCGACUUUAUCGAAAGCAUCGUCCGUUAACGAUGCUAAAACGAGCGAGCCGCCAUCCGUAGACAGUGAUACUGUUUCCAGCAUCGUAGCUCGUAUUUUAGCCAAGACCAAAGCUGGCGCUAGCGCUAGCGAAUCGUCGCUCGAAAAACCGUCAAAUUUCAGCGGAAACGUUGCAACGAAAAUAAAAUCAGAACCUACGUCGGAUGCGUCCAAAAGUUGGAUGAACAGCGUUCCUUUACCACCGAUGAUAUCAUCUUGGAUGGCAUCGCAAACGACCAGUAAUAAUAGCUCGGCCACCACCGAACCAGAGAAAAAAGUUACCACAUCUUCGUCGGAAGCUUCGUCGACGAAUAACGAAAACAAAUCGUCAACCGGUACGCCUUAUCCACCAGUGAUGCCACCGUACGGAAUGUAUUCUGCGCGAUUCCCCUUCGGAGCCGGGUUCCCAGCGCCACCGACUAUGUAUCCGUUCAUCGGGUAUCCGACUGCGACCGCUGCAACCGGUACCGGAACACCGGUCCCUGUGGCUCAACCUUACGUACCGACGGCUGGUGCUAAUCAAGCUACGCCGAUGCCUAUGCCACCGGCGGCGUUUUACAAUCCUUAUCAACAAGCUGCCGCCGUUCAACCUACGGUCAACAACAACGAAUCGAGUAAUCAGUCGUUGAAAACAGCGCAUUCGCGAGACUACAGUAACGAACGUCGCGGACCACCGUCGCAUAAAAUGCCGAGACUGGAUAACAACGAUGAAACGAAGACUGAAAGAAGUACUAAUUACGACGAUGGCAAUUACGAUCAUUUCAAAAGACCUACGUCGACGAAUAGUUCGAGAUCGAGUAACUACCCUUCUUACUACGACGAUGGCGAUUCCAAGUCGCGAACUUAUCACAACGAUAAUUACAACGGCGAUCGAAGAAACAAUCGCUUCUCUUCUUACGACAAUAACAGUAGUUAUUCGUACCGUACUAACAGGAACGACGCUUACGAAGAUACUUCGAGUAAUCGUCGAACGUAUCAUAGAAGAAAUUUUUCCGACUCGGAUGAAACGAAAACGAACGACGAGUUUGAUCGUAAACCUAGUUAUAAUUCCACAUCAGCGUCCGCUUAUCCCGGAAGCGUUUGCGCUCUAGUUGAAAAUUUGCCGUUGGAUGUAGUCAUCGACGAUAUAAAGACAUUCUUUUCUCCAUUACGUAUGUACGAAUCAUCCAUCAAAUUACAGGUGUGCAAUAAAGACGAUAGCUCUAGGAAAGCGUUCGUUAAAUUCUUGAAUUUCAACGAUAAAUUACAAGCUCUAAAAUACAGCGGUAAAUUUUUACGAUCGUUUCGUGUCUCUGUUUCCGAUAUGGAUCCAGCUAUGUGGGAAUCAGCCGAAGAUCGUGUGGUCGCAUUGACCGAUCAACAACAUCUGAAAGUUAGUUUCAUUCCGAAACGCGCCCAAAAGCAAGAUUUACUCGACGCGUUUGCGUUUACAAAUCCAGCCGACGAUUUGAUACUGAUGAAAGAUGGAAAGAAGGAUGCUUUAGUAGCUUACGUUAAAUUCGCCGACAGCGCGACGGUGAAAAGUAUUCUCGCCGAUAGGAAUAAAAUUUUGGUUUGCGACAGCCGCGUGAAAUUAGAACCCGUUUCGGAAGAAGAUUUCCUCGUCGCUAGAGCCGAUUACCAAACUUGCGACGAUAAUUUAGACGUCGAUAAUGGGCAGAAUGAAGAAACCAGUGAUAAAGUUAGCUCUAACGAAUUCAAUAAACCAUGUGAAACCGACGAACGACACGAACCUCAAAGCCCAUCAGAAUCGAAAUCCAAUUGCAUACUGAUGAAAAACCUACCUUAUCCGGUCACCGAUCUCGAUAUUGUUAAUUUCUUCUCCGAUUUAAAGAUAAUACCGUCUCAAAUACAUAUCAUGUUCGAUACGAAUUAUAAACAAACGGGUGAUUCAUUUUGCGAAUUCGCUAACCCAGAACAGGCAGCGGAAGCGGUUGAGAAAAAAAAUAACGGCAAAAUGAAGUAUAAAGCGGUUACAUUAAAGAUAGUUCCUAAAGAAGAAGUAUUAAAAGUGAUCACUAAUCAGUUACCGGAAGUAGAAGAAGCAGAACCUUCCGAUCCUCGUCCCAAUAAUAAUUUGCCUCCUCCUAAUCCGAAACCUUACGCGCCUAGAUUUCCGGCGCCUGCUUACGGAGGAGGUCCAGCACCAAGAUUUUAUUCACCUAGAGGACCUCCGCCCCAUGCACGACCACCAGGACCGGAUAAUUUUGGAAAACCAGGCUGCGUUGUUUCUUUAGAAAAUGUCCCUUUUAAAGCCGAAGUCGAAGAUAUACUAGAAUUAUUUAGCGAAUUCGACGUACAAAGGGAACACGUGAUACGACGAUUCAACGAUAGAGGGUUGGCUACCGGUGACGCUAGAGUAUGCCUUAGUAGUCCUUACGAAGCUCAAAAGGCUACUCGAUAUCUCGAUGGCCAACUUAUUUUUGGACGGCGUAUUUACGUUCGUUUGGUAUAAGCUUAGAAUCUACUGUAAGGUAAUUCUUACAGGUUGUAAAUUUGUUCGUGUAUGUAUUGUUGAUAGCUAUGUAAUUGUCUAUAUUUGUACUAUUUUGUAAACUUCAAAACUUAAUUUAUUUUAGACGAUAGGUAAUUUAUUUAUUUAUGAAAGAGCAAGUAGCAUUCAAUGUCAACACUGAGACUGACUACUUAACUGAAAUGUUUGUUAAAUAAGGCGAGAAUUCUUCAAUUUUUUGAUGUAGUUUGAUUGUAGGUAUACCUAUUGUUUGUUAUUUUUGUACAGCAGCUUAUUGUAUAUCUUGUCAUUUUUUUAUUCGUGCAUUUCUUACAACACUUAUUUAUUUUGUAAUGACAUUUGUAAAGAUGUUGAAUCGUCGAGCGUAUGAAAGAAAUUAAACUCGGUCAAUUUUGUACAAAUUGAAAUGCAUAUAUGUACAUAUCCGCGAGAUCUUCAAACUUUUUUAGUUUUUACUAUCUCGAAAAUAUUUUGUCCUUUGUAAUGAUGUGAUAAAAAAGUUCAAUGAGCAAACGAAUCGUUUGCAGAAUUUUUUUUUACAAAUUUGUAACUAUCUAAUGCCUAAAUAUAGCGCAUUUUCUGUUGAUGUUCAA